CUCUCUUACUCUAGAAAUCGUUAUUGAAGCUAUGACGACCUUUUGUCAAAUCGAAGAUGUUUUUUAAGUCCACUUAACUUCAGAAUAAGCAAGAGUGGUUGCAAAGAGAUUACCCCCUGGUUUUAGCAUUAAUUUAAGCAGAUAAUCAAAAAGAGAUGUUAAAAAAUUUUAAUAGGAUAUUUCAUCAGAUGAGGAGAAUAAAGUCACAAAAAAGACAUAUGUAGCACCUCCUUAUAGAGCAGAAAAUACUGAUGAAAUGAAAAGAUGCUUAGCAUUACUCUAAAAAUUAAAAAAACACUAGUUAGCAGCUCCAUUUCUAAGGAAAUUAGAAAAUGUUAAUUAUCCUUAAGAAUUCGAAUACGUUGACUUAUAAAUUGUUGAAUAAAAUCUAAAAAACAAUGAGUAUCUUACUGCCACGUAAUUUUGGGGAGAUAUAAAAAAAAUCUGGUAAAUGUCCUAUGCCAUGAAUAACAAAGGCACCUAAUUAUAUGCAAUGACUCAAGAAUUAGAAUAGCAUUUUAAUGAAUUAUACAAAGAAUUAGAUAAGCCUUAUCCAUAAAAAUAAGUUGUUGAGCAACCACUAAAAUAGGAAAAAUAGAAAAAGCCACCUCCCAUGUAAUAAACUAAUAGCAAUAGUAAUCACAAUAAUUAACAUAACAAAAAGCCAAUAAAACAACCAAGCCUAAUGGAACAACCUAUGAAUAUGUAGGAAAAAAGAGCCUUAGUUUCAAACAUAAAUAGCUUACCUCCCGAACAUCUCAGAGGAGUUUGGGAAAUAGUUUCUGAUGGAUUGAAAAUUUAAGAAUAAAAUGAUGAAUUAGAAUUUGAUAUCGAUACUUUACCUGUUAAAAAGACAAGAUAAUUGGAGAAAUAUGUAAACACAAAACUUGAAUAUUUAAAAAAACAACAAAGUAAAAAAGCAGCAGAAGAUAGUAAAACUUAAGAAAAAAAUGAUAGAAUUGUUCAUGCAGCAAAUAAUACAUAUAAUCAUGCUCCAUAGCCAGUUUCACAAUUAAAGCAAACUGACACUGGAGACAGUUCAUUUAGCAGUGAUGCUGAAGAAUCUGUAUGAGUUUUUUUUAUUUUUGUUUUUUGAUUUAUAUCAUAAAGAUACAAUAAAAUUUCAACUUCA